AUGGGAAGAAGACCCGCUAGAUGUUACCGUUACUGUAAGAACAAACCAUAUCCCAAAAGUAGAUAUUGCAGAGGUGUGCCUGAUCCCAAAAUAAGAAUAUAUGAUAUGGGAAGAAAAAAAGCAGAUGUAAAUGAAUUCAGUGGAGUUGUUCAUUUAGUUUCUUAUGAAUAUGAACAAAUAUCAUCAGAAGCAUUGGAAGCUGCACGUAUCAGUGCAAAUAAAUAUAUGAUUACAAAUUGUGGUAAGGACAAUUUUCACUUAAGAGUUAGAGUACACCCAUUCCAUGUUUUAAGAAUAAAUAAAAUGUUGUCGUGUGCAGGUGCUGAUAGACUUCAAACUGGUAUGAGAGGUGCUUUUGGAAAACCAAAUGGUGUUGUAGCAAGAGUAGAUAUUGGACAAGUUCUACUUUCAAUAAGAACAAAAGAAAACUUUGUUUCAAAAGCUUGUGAAGCCUUGAGAAGAGCGAAAUAUAAAUUUCCAGGAAGACAAAAAGUGUUUGUUAGUAAUAAAUGGGGAUUUACCAAAUUUUCAAAAGAUCAAUAUCAAGAAUAUAAAAAAAAGGGAAGAAUUAUAUCUGAUGGUGUCAGUUGCAAGUUCAUAAGAGAAAAGGGACCAUUAGAUAAAAUUUACAAAGACAUAAAUACAGUUAUCGAGUCCUAA